UAGAGUGUAAUACUGCCACCUAUCAGUCAUGAAGCGACACUGCAUAUGUGUUCGGUCACUCCAGCGCUAUGGCUGAACAGGAAGCGCCUGCACCUUUGAAAUCUCUCAACUCGUAUGAUCCAACAUAUAUCUCUUUUAUUAAUAAAUCCAGGCGGAAUGCCGAAGCAUGGUGGCUAGACUUCGCGGGGAAGCCGGUGUCUUACGGCGCCAUACAACCGAGGAAAUCGCUCAAGAUGAACACUUUUCUGACUCAUCCGUGGAUCUUCAGAGCAUCUGACGGAUCUAAACUGCUGGCUAACCUCAGUGAAGUUUACUUUCCCACUCCUGCGCAGUAUGAGGAGUACGGAUACCCGCGGUACCUGCCUGUGAAUGUGACUGCACCAGUGUACUCAUUACAAGAAUACUGUACACGUUUGAUCAGGAGUAUGGUGAGAAAAGAAGACAUCGGCAAGCUGGAAAUCCCCGAGGGUUUGAGAAAGGACCUCAGACUUGAACCUGAUCUACUGAGAGACGUUCAGAUUUUAUCUGCCAAGAGAUCAGUAAAUGGUUCAAACUGACCCAUUUCACUCAUUUAUGAUAUAAUGUUCAAAGUAUGCAGAAGCUUUCACUUCGAACUUG